AGUUCACGAAUAUGUUAAACGGCAAAUAAAAUUGAAAAAAGUAACUGACAGCGUCAAUCGUGAACGAGUAAAAUCAUUAUUACGUACAAUUUUAUGGCGUAAAAAGUUUAGAGCAUUAAAGAACAAACAAUCUGAAAUGAUAAUCGGAGAUGAUUCAGUGCCACGUAUUACUGUUAAUGAUGAUCCUAACGCACAAGUGCCGACGUUAAGAAUAGAUACAAUGAAUACGAGUCAACAACAUAUGUCAAUUCCUUCUCCUUCAGAACAGCUUUCGACUUCUCGUGAAACUUUAAAUAUAGAUUCACCAGAAAUUCGACGUUCAGAUUCAUAUGGUUUUAGAACACGUUCAUUUGAUCACUCAUCAGGAGAAUUUUCAAUGUCAUCCGGAGAAGAAUUUUUAUUAACUAAUAAUAAUAAUGUUUGGAGUGAUAUUGAUGCUAAUACUGAGAUGGAUGAACAAACUGCAGAACAAAUCCUAACAA